GCAGAGGGAGACAGACUCAGCUCUCCAUCACACUGAGGGAUGCUGGGAGGAAGAGAAGGAGGAGGAGGAGAUGACGCCAGCAGAGGCUGCAGAGAUGCUAACAGCACCGACACACAAACACACACUGACAGGAGCUACCUGCUAACUGCUAUCAGAGGCAGACAGACAGACAGACAGGUGGAGGGAGGCUGAUGCUGGCACACACUCACACACACGGUGAUCAGUGAGACAGGGUGAGCUGCAAGGGAAGCUAGCUGCUGUUAGCAUGCUGUGGAGAGGAGGCUAACCUACACACACACACACACACACACACACACAUACACACGCGCAGAGCGAUGCAGUCUUAUUGGACGGUACCUGUGUGUAGAUGUAGUGUGGCCUCAGAUUGACAGACAGCUAGUUGGUGGGUGGAGCCUGCCAGUGGAGGUGGAAAUGUCAAAGCGAGGAACAGGAGGGCGGGGGAAGGGGGAGAGACCGGACGCCAUGGCAACCCUUCAAGCAGCCAAUGAGGAGCUGAGAGCCAAACUGACGGAUAUCCAGAUAGAACUACAACAGGAGAAGAAUAAGGUCAGUCGUCUGGAGAGAGAAAAGAGUCAGGAGCUGAAGGCGGAGCAUCACCGGGCAACUGUCGCUGUGACCGAGCUGAAGACCAAACUCCACGAGGAGAAGCAGAAGGAGCUGGCAGUUACCAGGGAGACGUUACUACGGCAACACGAGAUGGAGCUGAUGAGGGUCAUCAAGAUCAAAGACGGAGAAAUCCAACGUCUGAAUGGACUGGUGUUGACACUGAGGGACGGGUCCACGGACAAGGUGAGGAGUGCUCUGCUGGCAGAGGUGGAGGAGGCGAGGAGGAGCUGGGAGGCGGAGCGUUGUCGCCUCCAACAGGAGGUGCAGGAGCUGCGAGGAGCAAAGAAGUUUGCUGAGGAAGCUCUGACACUGUCGCAGCAGGCCUGCCAGGCCCGAGCCGCCGAGCUGCGAUCGGCUCAUCACCAACACCAGGAGGAGCUGAACCGGACCAAGAGAGACUGUGAGAGGGAGAUCCGCCGAUUGAUGGAUGAGAUUAAACUGAAGGACAGAGCUGUCAGUGUUUUGGAUAAAGCCCUGGGGCUGCAGGCUGGACAUGCUCACCGCCUCCAGCUGCAGACUCAGGCAGCCGAGCAGCAAAUCGCAGCCCUGAGAGAUGCACAGAGGGCGGGACUAAACCACCCCGGUCACACCCCUAGCUCCCCUAACACUACUCCUCACAUUUCCCAGGAGGACCGGGACACUCGGAGGUUUCAGUUAAAAAUUGCUGAGCUCAGCGCUGUGGUCAGGAAACUGGAGGAUCGAAACGCUCUGCUGUCUGAGGAACGCAACGAACUGCUGAAGCGUCUGAGAGAGGCAGAGAGUCAGUUUCUUCCUCUUCUGGACAAAAACAAACGUCUGAGCAGGAAAAAUGAGGAGCUUGCUCUCACUCUGCGUCGCCUCGACAACAAGCUCCGCUUCGUCACCCAGGAGAACCUGGAGAUGAGGAGACCGAGCUCGUUAAACGAUCUGGACCGCAGCCACUCCACCAGUUACCAUGGUUACAGCCAGGAGGAGAGAGAGAUGGAGUUUCUACGGUUACAGGUCCUGGAGCAACAGCACAUCAUCGACGACCUGUCCAAGGCUCUGGAGACUGCUGGUUAUGUGAAGAAUGUUAUUGAGAGAGACAUGUUGCUGAGGUACAGGCGUCAGGAGUCAGUGAGGAGAAAACGAACCUUCAGAGCCUGCAGGGUCAUAGAGACGUUUUAUGGUUAUGAUGAAGAAGCAUCGGUGGACUCUGAUGGAUCAUCUUUGUCUUUUCACACUGACAGAACUCCUGAUACUGAACCAGAGGAGGUGUGUGUGCGUGAGGAGGCGGAGCUUCGUUACCGUCAGCUGACUCAGGAGUAUCAGGCACUGCAGCGAGCGUACGCUCUGCUGACAGAGACAAGUGGAGGAAACUAUGAUGCUGAGAAAGAGAUCAAGACCAGAGAGCAGCUGCUGAUUGAGAUCAGUCGAUAUCAAACCAGAGUCACAGAUCUGGAGUCAGCGCUGAAACAACAAGGACUGGAUGUGAAGUGGGUGGAGGAGAAGCAGGCGUUGUAUCAGAGGAAUCAGGAGCUGGUGGAGAAGGUGAGACAGAUGGAGGGUGAAGAGCUGCGUCUGAAAAACGAUAUCCAAGACGUCAAAGAUCAGAACGAGCUGCUAGAGUUCAGGAUCUUAGAGCUCGAGGAGAGGGAGCGACGGUCACCGGCCAUUAACUUCCAACAACUCCAUUUCCCAGAAGGCCUCAGUCCUCUGCAGAUCUACUGUGAGGCAGAGGGAGUCACUGAUAUCGUGAUCAGUGAGCUGAUGAAGAAACUGGACAUCCUGGGAGAUAACGCCGUAAGUAAUCUGUCCAAUGAGGAGCAGGUGGUGGUGAUCCAUGCCAGGACGGUGCUCACUCUGUCGGAGAAGUGGUUGGAGUCCAUUGAAGUGACAAAGUCGGCUCUGCAGCAGAAGAUGUUGGACAUUGAGAGUGAGAAGGAUCUGUUCAGUAAACAGAAAGGUUAUCUGGAUGAAGAGCUGGACUACAGGAAGCAGUCAAUGGAUCAGGCUCACAAGAGGAUCCUGGAGCUGGAGGCCAUGUUGUUUGAGGCUCUGCAGCAGGAGGAGGAAUCCAAACUGGAAGGAUUCAAGAUCGAGGGGGGUCGUCUUUCCGAAACACUGACAGAGGAAGAGAGAGAGGGGCUGAGGAGAGCCAUGGACCAAUGGAAACGAACUGUGAUGUGCGAACUGAGAGAGAGAGACGCCCAGAUCCUCCGAGAGAGGAUGGAGAUACUGCAACUCACACAACAGAGGAACAAGGAGCUGGAGGAGUUUAUAGAAGCUCAGAAACGUCAGAUUAAAGAACUGGAGGAAAAGUGUCUGCAGGCCUCCAGAGUUCAGCAGCUGAACACUCAGCGGGGUCGUGUCAGUCAGGAGGAUUCAGAAGGAUUCGGGGUUUGGAACCAGCAGCUUACUGAUUGAGGCACGUUGGCUUCACUGCCCCACUCACCAGCCUCUGGCUGCUGUCAGCCAAUCAGAGCAGAGCCCAGCUGUCAGCUGACUCUUAACCAUCGCGCCCUCCCAGAAUGCCACUGUGCUUCCUCAGAGACGGAGAGAUCGAUAGUUUAAAUGGCGACAGAGGAACAUUGUGUUUCAGACAUAACAAGCUAAUUAGCUUCCUGUUAGCUAUUGUUGACCAGGAAGUUCUGAUGCAGCUGAUAAACACAUCCUGGCCUCAGCUGGCCAGCUGGACCAAAGUGGUGCUGGACUAAAUACAGUAUUAGCUAAAUUAGCUGGACUUCUGUCAGACCUGGCUAAACUAGCUACUCAUAUACAGUGUUCACUCAGACACCUGAUUUUAAACAUUGCUAGCUGAGUUAGCUGAAUUCAUCCAGUUAACUCAGCUGGUUGGUCAGUGUUAUGGUCGUUGUUUGGGUCAGUUGCAGUAACUGUCUGUGGGUGAAUGAACGGCAGCGACAGAGCUCCAUGAACUACAGCAGGAGUUCAGUAAAGUCACUUCACUCACUAGAAUCACAGUAGAAACACAAUGAAACUAUUAGAAACUGCUGUUAAUGGAGCGUCUUGUUUGUCAGUUGAGUGAAACUUUGUUCUGAUUGGCUGUUCCACCUGCAGACUGGAGAGUAGUUUAACACCAUGGGGCCUCUCAGGUUACAGCUGUAACCUUCAUGUAGCUUCAGCCCGUUUGGAUCAACUUGGGACCAAAAACUGAUGAAGCAAACAUCAGACAGGAAGUCCACUGGAGGUCAGAGCUGUGAGGAAACAAACUGAACUGUUCCAACAAAACCAUGUUCUGAUCUGAAGAAAUGAAGCAUGAAAUUUAGUCAGAGACAGGUUUAAGAACUGGUCAGAAACCUUUUGAUUCAAUAACAAACCUGCUGCAGGUCACAGUCAUCACUCUGUAUGUUCUGUGGUGAUGAAGAGUCAAACCAGGUUCAGGUGAUCCAGUCUGAUUAAACUGGAGUUUCACAGAUUCACCAUGAGUUCGAACUGAUGGAAGAAAGUACAAUAACACAAUAGUAGAGGAUAAUUUCAUAGAACUUAAGAAGAAAUUAUUAUAUUAUAUUAUAUUAUAUUAUAUUAUAUUAUAUUAUAUUAUAUUAUAUUAUAUUAUAUUAUUCUCCUACAGGGGAUAAUCAGUUGAUUCUGAAAUGUUCAAAUGUUUAAAUGUUUUUAAAUAUUUGGCUCAUUUUCAAAUCAUAUUGAGUUUUUUUAUUUUCAGCCUUAAUUUAUUUUCAGUUUAUACAUUUAUUUUUCCAUCUUCAUUUCUAUGUUUCCAGAAGUGAUCAGAUGUUUUGUCUGUGUGAAUUAUUCCUCUGUUUGUCCAGCACUAUCCUGUGUUUCACUGAAGCAGGUUCAGAAACCUGCUGAAUUAAAACCAUCAUGUUUUAAAAAGUGGAUCCUGCUGUUGUACUUUUAUUAUGCCAGAUAAUAUUUUUCUAUCCCCUGUUAAUCUGAACUCGGUGAACAUCUGAAGAGUCAGUAGUUUGGUGUGAUUACAGAUUAAAGACACUGGAAAACAAGACUGAAGACAAAACUGUGUUUGUGCUUUGUUGUUGGAGAAAGUUUCUCAUAAACUUCAUCAGAUCCAGAAUUUUCUUCCCUUAAAUAAAUGAGUCACAUGUUCACAUCCAGACUCCAAAUGUUAAUUAAUGAUUUCCCACCUGGACCUGGUCUGUGUUACACCUUUCAGGUCUGGUAAAGUCAUUAUUUCACCAGUUAAAAGUUAAUCUCACGUCUUCACUAUGAAGAGGACCCGAGUUGAGUCCCAGGUCCAAAACUUUGUGUUUCUGAAAUAAACUGUUCUACACAA